AUUAGCCGUUCCGCUACCCGUCCGGCUCCUCCCUCAAGGCCUCGGGCGGUGUGUUAUUGCCGCCAACCGGGCGUGACCUUAAUUACUGCGGGGCGGGCGGAUGGUGAGGAGUCGCUUGAGGCGGGGUCACCUCGGCAAGCUUGGCCCGCCCUCGAGAAAAGCAGAGCGGUGCGACCCGACCUGUACGGCUUCCAGACAUCGGGACAGCACUUCAAUGGCUUCGUUGGGGUGGCCCGGGGUGGAAAAGUACAGCUGAGUGUCAUCCGCGUACAGAUGGUACCUCACCCCAAAGCCACUGAUGAUCUCAUCCAGCAGUAUAUAUUGUGUAAUCAAGAGAGAAAUCUUCAAAAUGGAUUAAUCUGGUAGUAAUGUUGAAGCUGGAACAAAGCUGCUGUAACCAAAGACAGGAUGAGUUGGAUGUCAGGUGAUCAAGAAAAUGCCCAAGGCAGCAGUCUGGGUUCUCAUCCUUCUUUAAGGGAUGUUCAUUCCAUCAACCCAACCCAGCUAAUGCCAAGACUUGAGUCCUAUGAAACCCAGGGGAAAAAAGGCAUUUCUGAUGUUCGAAGGACUUUCUGUUUAUUUGUCACAUUUGACUUGUUGUUUAUAACCUUGCUGUGGAUAAUAGAAUUAAACGUAAAUGGUGGCAUUGAAAAAACACUAGAAAAAGAAGUUCUGCAUUAUGACUACCAUUAUUCAUAUUUUGAUAUCUUUCUCCUGGCAAUUUUUCGGUUCAAGAUUUUGAUACUUGCAUAUGCGCUGUGCAGACUACGGCACUGGUGGGCAAUAGCAUUUACAACUGCUGUAACCAGUGCCUUCUUAUUAAUAAAAGUAAUUGUUUCAAAGCUGUUAUCUCAGGGUGCUUUUGGCUAUGUGUUACCUAUCAUAUCUUUUCUUCUUGCCUGGAUAGAAACAUGGUUCUUGGAUUUCAAAGUUUUACCACAAGAAGCAGAAGAAGAAACCAGACUAUUGCUAGUACGGGAUGCCUCUGAACGAGCUGCCCUUAUUCAACCUGGGCUCCUUUCUGAUGGACAGUUUUAUUCCCCUCCUGAAUCUGAAGCAGGAUCUGAUGAAGAAUCUGAUGAAGAAAAGCAGGAUAGUGAAAAACCAGUUGUAUAACAAAUAUGGCAAUUUGAGAGCGAAAACUUGACUGUGGAAUAGCUUGAAGAUUCCCACUCAUGGAACUAUUAUGGUGAUGCUGGCAGUUCAGUUAUUGUUGAAACUCCUAAUGGCAUCGUUAAUUUAAUUAUUGAUCAAAGGAAUUUAUCUUCUUGCUCUGUAAUACCUCAUGAAACCUGUUUGCAUCUGCAUACAUCUAUAUAUAUAUAUGCAGACAGAACACACACACACACACACACACACACAUAUUUCUGUACAUGUGUGUGUUUAUGUGUGUGAUUGAAUCGUACCUAAUAUGAAGAAAUACUUGUUUAAAAUGUAUUAAUUUAUGUUUGAAAUACAUCUGAUCUACUGAGAUGUUGGGGAAUUAAAUCAGUAAAUACAGUCUUACCACUGUAUAGCGGUCAGCUAAUAAGAUGUUAGAUAUGCUAUAAUUUUUGCAUUAAUUUUAAAUUUUAACAAUGUAUCUUUUUUUUAAAUGAAGUACACAUUUGUGUAUUAAAGAAACACAUUAAUAAAAAGUGAUAUCAUAGA